CCGUGUCCUUGCAGCUCGCCCCCCAUGGCCGGGAACGUGCAGACCCCCGCCCCCGUGGGCGCGGCGCGGGAGCAGGACCGCAAGGCCCGGAGCGGCUGGCCGGGCGGGGCCCGGGUCUGGGAGGACGCCGAGCAGCAGGCCAAGAAGCUCAAGAGCAGCCCGGACGGGGAGCCGCACAGGAAGCUGCCCAAGCGGAAGAUCGUGCUGCUCAUGGCCUACUCCGGGAAGGGCUACCACGGCAUGCAGAGGAAUGUUGGGUCCUCACAAUUCAAGACCAUCGAAGAUGACUUGGUGUCUGCCCUGGUCCAGUCGGGUUGUAUUCCUGAAAAUCACGGUGAAGAUAUGAAGAAGAUGUCCUUCCAGCGGUGCGCCCGGACAGAUAAGGGUGUGUCCGCGGCCGGCCAGGUCGUGUCCCUGAAGGUGUGGCUGAUUGACGACAUUUUAGAGAAGAUCAACAGCCACCUUCCGCCUCACAUUCGGAUACUGGGACUGAAGAGGGUCACGGGCGGCUUCAACUCCAAGAACAAGUGUGACGCCAGGACGUACUUCUACAUGCUGCCCACGUUUGCCUUCGCCCACAAGGACCACGACGUGCAGGACGAGAGCUACCGGCUGAGCAUGGAGACGCUGCGGCGCGUCAACGGGCUCCUCGCCUGCUACAAGGGCACGCACAGCUUCCACAACUUCACCUCGCAGAAGGGGCCCCGCGAGGCCAGUGCUCGGCGCUACAUCCUGGACAUGUUCUGCGAGGAGCCUUUCGUGCGGGAGGGCAUGGAGUUCGCGGUGAUCAAGGUGAAGGGGCAGAGCUUCAUGACGCACCAGAUCCGGAAGAUGGUCGGCCUGGUGGUGGCCAUCGUCAAGGGCUACGCCCCCGAGAGCGUGCUGGAGCGCAGCUGGGGGGAGGCGAAGGUGGACGUGCCCAAGGCGCCGGGGCUUGGCCUGGUCCUGGAGCGCGUGCACUUCGAGAAGUACAACCAGCGCUUCGGCAAUGACGGGCUGCACGAGCCGCUGGACUGGACGCGGGAGGAGGCGGGGGUCACGGCGUUCAAGGAGCAGCACAUCUACCCCACCAUCAUCAGCACCGAGCGCCACGAGCGGUCCAUGGCCCAGUGGCUGAGCACCCUGCCCGUGCAUGACUUCAACGCCAGUGCCCACGCGGCCGCCGGCCCAGGCACCAAGGUGCCUGGCCCCCCAGGAGACGGUGACUGAGGUGGUGGCCACCCGCUGGAGCGCCUUCAGGCUGGCUCAACGUGUGCCGGGAGUUGUCGCCGCUGCCGCAGGCCGACCUCCCGACAUGGGGGAGCCGCACUCUGCCGCCAUGCAACCUCAGGGUCGUGGGACCCGCGUCACGUUGGGUUUCCUCACAGGGAGGACCUGCUGCGAAUCCGUUCUCAGCUCACGCAUUAACCGUAUACACCUCAGCAUGUAAAGACACUAUUUUUUUAAAGGUUUCUUACUAAAUGAGUACAAACUUCGCUAAAGUCA